UGUGCUCCUCUUAUUUUUUAUUCUUAUAUUUCAACCUCCCGCUCCACCUCCAGUCUCAUCCCCGAGGUCCUCCACAGAUCUGCUUCAAUGGCAGACGACAUUCUUCUUCUCCCCUCCGCAGUCUGAGCUCAUUCUUCCUCUCCCCAUUCUUCUUGCAUUCAUCCCUCUUCUGCUCCCUUGAAUCAGUCCGCUAACCGUGCCAUCCGCCCAUCCGUUCAUAGAUCUAGCUUCCAUGUCCUAUCCUGUUAUUUCGUUGUUUCUAUUCUUCAUCUGAGAAGCUUCUUGUGAGUUGCAAUGGAUGCUCGCAAGGUUCAGCCAGAUUCAGAUGGAGCUGUACCAUUUGUUCAAACUUCAAUCGAUUUCGAACAUUUGUUCCCACAUAUGCCUCUACCUCAUCUCGACAACAUAAUUCAUUCCUCCCAUUUUGACAAUGCUAAAAACCUCCAAGGGCAUUGUUCUUCUGAUGGGGCUGUAUUCAGAUCUUUCCAACAACUGUUGAUGGAUGCAAGUUCUGGUGUGCUUUGUUCCAGUUUUAGCAAUGCUGCUCUGUCUCCUCUUGGAGCUUUUGCUACUAUCCAAAAUGGAUCGCAUACCCACAUGACAUUUGACACUCCUGAAGAAUUUACACAACAGGAUGUGCCCGAUGAUGGAUAUUCUGCAGGCACUGAAUCUGAACAUGACACGGUAUCUCCUAAUCAUUCUCUGGAACGAAUAGAUGAAGACAACAAUAUUCACAUCAGCAAUUCUGAAAAUGAUGAUUAUGUGGCAAUUUUUUCUGACUCUAUUGGCCAAGAUGAUUUCAUGUCUGGGAGGGAUUUUGACUAUGGUGAUUUUGCUGUUGGAAUUGAUGACACAGACCUAAAUGCUUCAGAUUUGGAAAACGUUUCUUUUGGUAAAGACGAUGUCGAUAUUUGUCCCGGUCCAAAUUUUAGUGAUCUAUGCACCGAAGACAAUGUUGCUACUGCUGAUCACAGCGUUGCUCCUGCUGAAAAGAUCAACAUGUCAAAUGAUAAAGAGAUACAUGUUUCUCUUCUUGGUGAUUGUGGCUGUUCAGAUCAUGCAAUUGCACAUGAAAUUUCUUCAUUGUACCAAGAUGGUGUUAGCAGGGGCUUUUUUAAACGACAACGACUUGGUAGCAAUCCAAAAUCUGUUGAUUGUCGUAAACCCAGAGAUAUGGGUGCAUUAGAAGUUGCGAUGCGCACAGCAGGGCAGAGGCAGACAACAGAAGUGUUUGAACCAACUUUAGGCAUGGUCUUUGAUUCAUAUGAGGAGGGUUAUGAGUUCUACAACUUGUAUUCAUGGGAAGCUGGGUUUGGUAUAAUUUACAACCGUAAUGCUACAAGGAAAAAUGACAAGGAUUACAGGACAAUGCAGGAAUUUUGUUGUUAGAAGGGGGGUUCUUCUAACCGUGUUAUCAAUGGUUCAAGAAAGGGAGAUUGCAAAGCAAGAAUUAAGCUGUUACGCACUGAGGAUGAGCGCUGGUACAUAAAAGAGUUUGUUAAGGAUCAUAAUCACCCUUUAUCUGAGAGCUGUUGUGAGAAAAGGGAAUGGAAAUCACACAAGAGGCUAGAUCCUUGUUUUCUGCCGGAAUCGGCUGUUUAGCUGAUAGCCCGCGUUUGAGCAUAUGUAUUAGCUCUUCACGUGCUUUUUACUUGUUCUUGUCUUGGUUUAAAGCUAGUAUGUAUCUCAAUCAGUAUAUAUGCGCUUUCACGACCAUAUUUAUAUACUUUUUAGCAUGGUAAUUGGCAGGUUAUUAGAUCAAUGCAUAACUGAUGAUUGCUGAUAAUGCCUAUUUUACUUAUCA